CGUUCAGUCAUUCAGCUCAUCUCAAGCUCAGCUGAUUCCUUUCCCAAACAACAUUCACUGUUUUCAACAGAAUGCAGAGUCGCAGACAUCUUUAAGAAGUCUCAUCACUUUGAGGAGAACUUAUCCUGGAGGAUCUGACCCACCCGGAGCAGGGAUCCAGGGGGGCGUUUCACAAAACUUGUCAUCAGAGACAAAUGACAGUUUCUACUAUAAGCUACUGAAAUCCUUGCUUCUGAUUGGUUAUCAGCAGCUUUGUCACUGAUUUUUGUCAUUGAACAAAGGCUUUGUGAAACGGGCCCCAAGAUGCAGAGCGAGGCCUCCUGUAUGGAGCUGGCCCUCGAAGGGGAGAGGUUGUGCAAGGCGGGCAACUGCCGGGAAGGGGUGCGGUACCUAGAGGCCGCCGUCGAGGUCGGAACCGAUGACCUUAAAACACUAAGUGCCAUCUACAGUCAGCUAGGCAAUGCCUAUUUCUAUUUGGAGGACUAUGGCAAGGCCCUGACCUACCACAAGCAUGAUCUGACUCUAGCGACAUCGAUUGGUGAUCGACUCGGAGAAGCCAAAGCUAGUGGUAAUAUUGGCAAUACCUUGAAAGUUCUAGGAAAGUUUGAUGAAGCCAUCUGCUGUUGUCAAAGACAUCUAGAUAUAUCGAGAGAGCUCUCCGAAAAGGUGGGGGAAGGCAGGGCACUGUACAAUCUAGGCAAUGUGUACCACGCUAAAGGAAAGCAUGCUGGGCGGAGCGGGCAUCAAGAUCCGGGAGACUUCCCGCAAGAGGUUACAGACUGCCUUAAGCAAGCCAUCCAGUUUUAUGAAGCCAACCUAGCAAUAGUGAGGGAGCUUGGAGACAGAGCGGCACAAGGCAGGGCCUGUGGUAACCUAGGCAACACACAUUAUCUUCUGGGCAACUUCGAGACGGCUAUACAAUUCCACACAGAGCGUCUUGCUAUAGCAAAGGAAUUCGGAGACAAAGCAGCAGAGAGGCGAGCUUACAGCAACCUAGGAAACGCAUGUGUCUUCAUGGUACAGUUUGAAGUGGCUGCCAAAUAUUACAAGAAAAGUUUGCACAUUGCAAGGCAGCUCGGUGAGUUGGCCAUGGAGGCUCAGGCGUGCUACAGUCUAGGAAACACGUAUACUUUAUUACGGGAGUAUGAGAAGGCCGUGGAAUAUCACAGCAGGCACAUGGAGAUAGCUCAACAACUUAACGACAGAGUUGGGGAAGGACGGGCAUGCUGGAGUUUAGGGAACGCCCAUACGUCAUUAGGUAACCACGAGAAGGCUCUUCACUAUGCAACUCUUCACCUUCAAAUAUCAAGAGAGGUUGGAGAUAGGACAGGAGAGGUGACAGCCAAAAUGAACUUACAAGAUUUACAGACCCUCUUUGGUAUAAGUACAGCUGAUCUUAGUGAAGUCAGUACAACAGUUCAAACACCUCUACAAGAAUCCAAAGGUGCUAGACCCCGAAGAAGAAGGAGUAUGGAGAAUUUGGAACUAGUUGCCAUGACACCAGAAAAGAAAACAGAAAUCGUCCAGGUCCCCAAAAGGAAAAUUAGACCGGGGAGUAAGCUCAAAUUAAAGAAUGGCGGAGAAUCCAAAGAUAAGCAGAGUCAUAAGGAUUCCAAGGAGUCAGUUAGCAGUGCCAAGAAUAGUGCGCCCGCCCCGUCCAAAGCUAAAUCACAGACCUCAGCACGGAAGGGAGGAGAACCUAUACAGAUGCUGGAUGACGCUGAUAACUUCUUUGAGGCUCUCAGCCGUUUCCAGAGCAACAGAAUGGACGAGCAGCGAUGCUCGUUCGGCAGACUGCAGAAGAAGCUGGCAGAUGAGGAGGGAAACGGAUUACCAGAGAAGGAAGAACUCUUAGAUGAAAUAGCCAAGCUUCAGGGCAGCCGUCUCAAUGAGCAGAGGGCAUUCUCUGUUAAACGGUUGCCAGGGCUACCCGGUCUCAGGGCCAAUGAAGACGUUGUAGGGAAGCUGUUAGCCAAAGGAGAACGAGCUGAGCCAGACGAUGAUUUCUUUGAGAUGAUCAUCAGAUGCCAGGGGGCACGGAUAGAAGACCAACGUAGCACAUUACCUAUACAGGCCCCAGCCCCUACCGUCCCGGAUGAGGACUUCUUCAGUCUGAUCCAGCGCAUCCAGUCCAAGCGCAUCGAAGAGCAGCGAUCCAUAGCACCGUGGGAAAAGGGUUCUGGUACAUCCUGCGUGUGUUUCUAUGACUAUGACACAAGCCGCACUGAAGGAACUGCAUGCUGCGUCUACAGCAGACCUGUUCAAGAAUCUCACCUUUGAACUUUGACCUUUGACCUAUCAUUAGUGACAUUCACUCUAAAAACCAGUGUGUUGAGUCAAUGUUGUAUAAAGGCUCAGGAUUGACAGCAUGUUUUUCUCAAACAUGAUCACAAAAACUUUCAAGAAAUAUAAAAUAGCCUACUGUAUCAUUGAUUGAAAUAUGCAAACGGUUCAGUGACGCAUGGUAUUAUGUACCGGUAAUCCGAACACGAUUUAUAUGGGCAAUACAAAAAAUGGGUAUUGGAAUCUUUUUGAUUUCUUGAAUUUCUUGUUGAAUUUAGACAAUAAAGGAUGCAUCCAGCAUGCUAAUGUCAAUUAAAUCCACCAUUUUUAAGAAAAAAUGGUGGACUCCAAGGCCCCUUUAAAGGUUGAUUGAGUGUUGCAUUUGCAUUGAAUCAUGUAUCCAAAUGUAACUUUGCAUGUAAUACAUGUCUUGUCCUUUGUUUUUUAUUGCUGUUUUGUUUUCUUAGAUUUUAUGAAAGUGAAACAAUGAAUUGCUGUUUUAGUCUGGGGUCCAGGCUUUUGUGCAAAAUUAUACGCAGGAGAAGGGGUUCAUUUCAUCUUUUCAGGUAGUAUAAUUCUGAACUAAAUUCUCUUUAAAAAUCUUGCAUUUUGUGACGCGUUUUGAAUUGGGUAAAAUAUAUUUUAAAUACAAAGAAACAUAUAGGGAGAACAUUUGUAAUAUACAGGUAUGAUGAACACGUUAAUCAUGAUAACCACAAAAAAGACAUAGUUACUCAUUCUAUGAAAUUCGAUUUUGUUUCUGUCAUCAUUUUCACUCGAAAGUAUUUUAUGCUAAAUGAUUUAUGAGCUGAAAGUUUUUACUUUCUUACUUUUCUUUGUUCUCAAAUAAAUUGAAAAAAUCAUAAAAACCAUUUUCUAAGGAUAGUUGUUGGCUAUUUUUGGGACAUGAAUAUAAUUUAGACGUGAGUUUAAAGGUACUACAAAGUUUUGGUAUGGGGUCAUGAAUUUGGUUCAUAUUAACAUAUUGGAAGCAUAUGCAUUCCUACAAUAUUCAUUGAUCGUUGUCUCGUUUGAAAUCGAGUCUAAAGUUAUGAAAUUAUGAACAAUAAACCCUUUAUGUUGUAUAGCUCCCUCUCAAGGUCAAGAUACCAAUUUAGCUAUGAAACGAUGUUUCUUGACUAAAUUUGACCGAUUAGCUAUUCCCGUUUGGAAAUUAUAUAUCACAACUACAUAUUCUGAGAUUUUUAUGAUCGCAGCUACCAUUGUACGGCCGUAGGCGCUGUUUGAAAUUUAUCAAAAUUUACCGGGAGCAUCAGUAAAUUUUCAUAUUCAUUUUUCUCGAAUACAGAAGUGUUUUAGGGGUUAAUUUUUUUAGUGCUUAUAAUAUAUCCACAGGGGCAUCCAAAUAUAUCAAAAUUGUAAAGAUUCACUAUCCACCCAAUUUUCAAAAUUUCCCAAAACUUUGUAUUACCUUUAAUAGAAUUAACCAAGUUAGUUCUUUUUUAGCACUAAAUAAGUUUAG